AUACGUGGCGAGAUCUCAUUGGUUCCUCCGCUGGGCUUCCAUCGUUGUGAGCUCGCUGGAUUUUGGUACAUUUGGUUCUUUUUUAAGGUUUUUGGUUGGAAAAGAGGAAUUUUUGAUCUCUUUACGAUGGUGGAUAUGAGAGAUACAGCUCAGGUGAGUGAGGUGGCUCGAAAGAUCCCAAAGGAGGCCAGAAGGAUACUCCAUAAUUUAGCUGCAGAAUGGAGCGAUGUAGAUGAUUCCAAGGCAUUGGAGGUGGUACAGCUCAAGGGAGCCAUGACCAAUGAGGUUUAUCAGAUUAACUGGCCAACAUCUGAGGAGGAGGCAACAUCCCGAAAGGUUCUGGUCCGGAUCUACGGGGAAGGGGUGGACAUAUUUUUCAACAGGGAAGAUGAGAUUCGCACUUUUGAGUGCAUGUCUCGCCACGGGCAGGGCCCUCGUCUGUUGGGAAGGUUUCCCAAUGGCCGGAUUGAAGAAUUUAUUCAUGCCAGGACACUCUCAGCUGCUGAUUUACGUGACCCUGGAAUAUCCGCUCUCAUAGCAUCUAAACUAAGAGAGUUUCAUGAGCUUGACAUGCCAGGUCCCAAGAAUGUAUUUUUAUGGGACAGGUUAAGAAAUUGGCUUAAAGCAGCCAAAAGUUUGUGUACAAUAGAUGAAGCUAAAGAAUUUCGUUUGGAUGACAUGGAGGAAGAGAUUGCUACUUUGGAAAAUGAGUUAACAGGGAAAAAUCAGAGGAUUGGAUUCUGCCACAAUGAUCUACAGUAUGGCAACAUCAUGAUUGACGAAGAAACCAGUCUUGUCACUAUAAUUGAUUAUGAAUAUGCGAGUUUCAACUCCAUUGCAUUUGAUAUUGCGAAUCACUUUUGUGAGAUGGCUUCUGAUUACCAUACGGACACACCUCAUGUUCUGGAUUUUAAAAAAUACCCAGAUUUUGAAGAGCGGAAGAGAUUCGUGGAGAUUUAUCUGAGUUCUUCAGGAGAAAAAACCGAUGACAUUGAAGCUAACCAAAAUCUUGAAGAUAUUGAGAAAUAUACUCUUGCAUCCCAUCUGGUCUGGGGAUUGUGGGGAAUUAUUUCUGAACAUGUAAAUGAGAUCGAUUUCAACUACAUUGAAUACGCCAGGCAAAGAUUUCAGCAGUAUUGGUUUAGGAAGCCUCUACUAAUGAAUUCUUCAACUAAAGUAGAUGAUCGAGCUUCAUUCGGCAAUUAAACUAGUAUGUAAAUACAUUUCUAUGAUUUUGAAACCAUAAGUUUAUGCACUGUGUUAUGUGAUAAACAUAUCUCAGCCAUUGUUUUCUCUUAUACGUACUUGUUUAGAUCAUGAAUAAAUUUACAUGAAUGUUAUCAUGUUUAUUAGUGUA